AUAACGGCAGGUAGCUUCACAAGUACGCAACCCAGCUUUCCAGUUGUUGAAUCGUUGUGAGGUAAUCUUGGCAGCAAAAGGGAAGAAUAAUAUUUGCUUGGCAAUUUUUCAAAUGACAAAUCCAAAUUCCUUAUUCUAUUCGAUGACACAUUCUUCACAUUGAUAGAGAAGAAUCAAAUCUGCUGACACUUUGCAACUUCAGAACAGGAAAUUAAGCUUUUCUCUAGAAUAUGUAUAUGGGAAGUGAUCAAAGUGAAUGUUUGUGAAAGUAGAUUUGCAUUUUUAAAUCAUAAAACCAUUAAAAUAAAAAGGUCUAAUCAGGAAAAAUGAAAAAGAAAGUAGUAACCCACCAAAGUUGAAUUCUUAGAGCAUCUGCCAAAUGUAAAUUUGUAAUCGAAAUUCUCAGGAAACCAACCAGUUGAUUACAUAGAAUAUCAGUCCUUCCAGUUUUAAUUAAUUUUUAUAAAAAAUCAAAUAAAUAGAAUAUUGUAUUUAUAUAUUGUUAUGAUACAGAAUUAACUGCAAAUGAACUGCUUGAUUUUAUUGAUUCUAUAACUCUCCUUUUUAUACACAGUUCAGGAACAGUUGACAGAAGCGGGAGAGUUAUUGAUUCUAUAACUCUCCUUUUUAUAUUCUCCUUUUUAGCACUAGAUCCAGCCAUUUCAAAGGUGGUGACCGUUGCAAAAUUCAAAGGGGGUGGUGCAUUCAAUGUUAUUCCAGAUUCUGUUACAAGGUGGCACCUUCUGAGCUUUUUCGAAAGAAAGCGUUAUGCAACUUAGGCAGCGUAUAGAGGAGGUCAUCAAAAUGCAAGCUUCUGUACAGAGGUGUACAGCAUCGGUUGAUUUCCUUGAGAAUGAGAAACCCUUUUUCCCUCCUACCGUAAACAAUGAACAGUUUCACGAGCACUUCAAAAUCGUUGCCGGAGGUUUGCUUGGCACUGAUAGAGUUAACGAUAUGCCACCAUUGAUGGAAUCUAAGAAUUUUGCAUUUUAUCAAGAGCUCAUUCCUGGAUACUUCUUCUUUAUCGGAAUGCAGAAUAAGACGCAUAAACAGCUUCAAUCUCCACACUCACACCUGUUUGAAAUCAACGAAGAUGUCCUUCCACAUGGUGCUGUACUUUAUGCAUCGUUGGCUGCUAAGUAUCUUGUUGAAUUCCUACCAGACGUUCCUUUGCCGGAUGGAAAACAUCAUGACGAGCUGUGAGUUGUUUCUUGACCGACUACACAGUUGAUAUAAACUUCUUGGUGACUUGAAAACUUUUAGCAUUUUUGAGGUCCGUAUUAUGAUUCUGCUUCUGGUGUAUAUAUGACUUGUUCAAGUUUUGAAUUUCUUUUUUGUCAAGUGCUGGUAACUGGUCAACCAUUAUCAGAAUAUUAAGUUCUUGCCUAAUCAGAAGGGCUUUUUGAA